AUGGAGUUCAUGGAGAUCAUGAGAGAGUUCUCGCAGCUUUUCGGAAGCGCUGGGUACAUCGGGGAUUUCAUCCCAGUGUUGUGGUGGGCUGAUUUUCACGGGGUGAAGAAGAAGAUGAAGAGCGUGAUGAGGAAGGCGGACGUGUUUUUCCAGCAGCUGGUCGACGAGCACAGCGGGAAAAGGAGCAUGCCGUCGUCCGUGGCGGCGGCAGCAGUGGCGUUAGUGUCCUCAAAAGGGGUCGACGGGACGAGAUCGUCGAGGACGACAUUCAUCGAUCGGAUGUUGGACGUCCAAGAACAGGAUCCGGAAUUCUACACCAAUACAACAAUCAAAAGCCUCGUUCUGGUAAUGCUGGUUGCUGGAGGCGACACCACGGCCACCGCGAUAGAAUGGGCGAUGAUACUUCUCCUCAACCACUCCGAAGCAAUGCGAAGGGUUUGCGACGAAAAAGAAUCCAAAGUUGGACAUGACCGCCUCCUUGAAGAAUCCGACCUCGCUAAUCUCAGCUAUCUUCAGAACGUCGUUAGCGAGACGAUGAGGUUGUAUCCAUCAACUCCUCUUCUUCUACCUCAUGAAUCCUCGGAAAACACCACCAUCGGAAACUUCCCCGUUCCGCGAGGUACGAUGCUGCUGGUAAACACGUGCAGCCUUCACCGGGACCCCAAGCUAUGGAAAGAUGCCGAGAGUUUCAUGCCGGAGAGAUUUGACGGCGGCCAAGAGAGUAAUGAAGGGUUCAAAAUGUUUACUUUUUGGUUCAAAAUUAUAGAGCGCAAUAUGCAUAGAAAUGUCAAUUACGCAAAAUCUUUUGUCGUUUGUGGGGAAAAUUAUUUUAUAGCAAGACAUGGUCUAAAGUACGGAAAAUUAGACGCCACAAACCCUAUAAAACCUCUAUAUCGCAUGUCAUCCCUCUCCCCACUAUCUCUCUCUUCCUCCCAGCGGCCCGGCACCCCCCGGGACACGUAG